AUGAAGAAGAAGAUAUCUCCAUUACGUUAUUCAAUUUUGAAUAAAUCAAGCAAUAGCAAAGAAGUCAAGCUAAAUGGUGGCGGUGAGGAAGCUAAGGAGAUGAGGGAAAACCCCAAAAAUAAGAGAGACCCCUCCAGCAGUGAGCCACUUAAAAGCCAAGUGGAAAAAAAUAAUAUAAAAGAAUACAGUCAUUGUCAACUGGAUGAAAUAAUACAGAGGGACAAAAUGUUGGGUGGAGGAGCGUAUAGUGAAGUAUACGAAGGAUUGCUACCUGAAGGCACAAAGGUAGCUGUGAAGUUAUUAAAAAGGCGGGACGGUAAUGAAAAAGAUUUCAAGAAUGAGGUCUUAGGAAUUAGCGCGGCUUCCCAUAUUAACAUCCUCAGGCUUAGAGGUUAUUGUUCAGAGAAAGAUGUAGUAGCCCUUGUCUCCGAUUAUAUGCCCAUGACUCUGCUCGACUGCAUCACUGGACUUGAUUGGGAGAAACUAUACAAAAUUGCACUUGGCGUUGCUAGAGGGCUUCGUUACUUGCACAUGGAGUGCCCUAAACCGAUUAUUCAUCUUGACAUAAAGCCUGAAAACAUUCUUCUAGAUAAGGAUUUCACUCCAAAGAUCUCCGACUUUGGCUUUGCUAAGCACAGUCUCAAAAGGAAGGAUACCAAAACGGAAAAGGAACCCAGGGAUAUGCCUCUCCGGAACUUUACCCUAAUGAUGAGAAACUACCUGUUAACCCAACUAACAAGUCAGAUGUCUAUAGUUAUGGAAUGA